GCGGAGAGCGGCAGAGCGAGGGCAGCCCGGCCGCGCUCGGCUCCGGGGGUGUCACCGGCCCCGCUCCCCCCUCGCCAUGGCCGGGCUCCUGCCGCUGCUGCUGCUCCUGCUGCCGGCGGGCCCCGGGGCCGGCGCCUCCAAGGACGAUUGUGCCUCCAAGCUGUUCACGGCCGGCGGCGAGUGCUGCCGCCUGUGCAACGUGGGCGAGGGCGUGGUGCAGCCCUGCGGGGUCAACCAGACGGUCUGCGAGCCCUGCCUGGACAGCGUCACCUUCUCGGACACGGCCAGCGCCACGGAGCCGUGCAAGCCGUGCACGCAGUGCGAGGGGCUGCAGAGCAUGUCGGCGCCCUGCGUGGAGACCGACGACGCCGUGUGCCGCUGCGCCUACGGCUACUUCCAGGACGAGGCCAGCGGGAGCUGCCGCGAGUGCCGCGUCUGCGAGGCGGGCUUCGGCCUCAUGUUCCCCUGCAAGGACUCGCAGGACACCGUGUGCGAGGAGUGCCCCGAGGGCACCUUCUCCAGCGAGGCCAACUUCGUGGACCCCUGCCUGCCCUGCACCACGUGCGAGGAGAAUGAGGUGCUGCUGCGGGAGUGCACGGCCGUGGCGGAUGCGGAGUGCCGCGGCCUGCACCCUCGCUGGACAACGCACGCCCCGUCCCCGGGGGGCUCUGAGGGCCCCGAGGCGGCCACCAGGGAGCCGCCGAGCACCGAGGGCGCGGCCAGCACCGCGGGGGACACGGCCACCACCGUCAUGGGCAGCUCGCAGCCCGUGGUGACCCACGGCACCAGCGACAACCUCAUCCCCGUCUACUGCUCCAUCCUGGCCGCCGUGGUGGUGGGGCUGGUGGCCUACAUCGCCUUCAAGAGGUGGAACAGCUGCAAGCAGAACAAGCAGGGGGCCAACAACCGCGCGGUGAACCAGACGCCGUCGCCCGAGGGGGAGAAGCUGCACAGCGACAGCGGCAUCUCCGUGGACAGCCAGAGCCUGCACGAGCAGCAGCCCCCGGGGCAGGGCAGCCAGGGGCCAGCAGCCCCCAAGGCCGACGGGACCCCGUACGCGGCGCUGCCGGCCAGCAAGCGGGAGGAGGUGGAGAAGCUGCUGGGCAGCUCGGCCGAGGACACGUGGCGGCAGCUGGCGGGCGAGCUGGGCUACAAGGAGGAGCUGCUGGAGGCCUUCGGGCGCGACGAGGCGCCGGCGCGGGCGCUGCUGGCCCACUGGGCCGGCCGCGAGUCGGCCACGCUGGAGGCGCUGCUGGCCGCCCUGCGCCGCCUGCAGCGCGCCGACAUCGCCGACAGCCUGGCCAGCGGCUCCACCGCCACCUCCCCCGUCUGAAGGGCGGCCCGGGGGGGCUCGGGGCUGGGGGGGCCCCAGAGGGGUCGCUCCGGGCCCCCCCGGAGGAGCUCGCGGUGCCGGUACCGGCCGCUCCCCGAGGUGGUCCCGCCCGGCAGCCCCUGAUGGGGUUGGGGGGUUCGGCCUCGCUCCCCCGUCACGCGUCCAGCCCUGGGGGCUGCGGGAUGGACGGACAGAUGGACAGAUGGACACGGGAGGGAUGGCCGUGCUGUCAGCCCUCUCCGCUGCCCCCCUUCAGCUCCUCCUGCUGCCCCUCGGCUCCCCCCAGCGCCCCCAGACCCGGCUGCGCUCCCCCCAGGGGGAAGGGGGGGCUGGGGGCUCGGGGGGGCUGGGGGAGGGCAGCCGGCCCCCACACUGUGAAAUUUGGGGUGCGGCCUCCCCGCAGCUCCGCGGGGAUUCGGGGCAGCAGCCGCGACCAGCCCGGACACUGAGGAGAGGAUUUUGGGGUGCCACCACCCCCCCGUGGGGUCCGGGGGGACACCGAGGGGACACCGAGGGGACACUGAAGGUGGAAAGCGCUGCCCAAGUGCCUGCCCCCCGCGGGGACACCCCCAGGGCUCCGCUCCCGCCCUGUCCCCGUGUCCCCGAGCUGCCGAGGCCCCCCGAGGCCACCCGAGGCCACCCUGGCACCGUUGCACUGUCCCCCUGUCCCCACCCCGCGUCAAAGGGCUCCUCUGUGCCAGCACUGUGAGAGCAGCUCGGGAACGUCCCCAAGGGUCCCUCGGGCCCCUGGGUGACCCCAGCACCUCCCGGGGAGGUGACAUCGCUCAAAGGGCGUUUGGGGGACGUUUGGGCCCCAGCUGGGCGAGCUGGAGCGGCCACUGGGCUGGGGGUGUCCCUUGAGUGCCACUGGGCUGGGGAUGUCCCUUGAGUGCCACCAGCCUGGAGAGUGUCCCCUGAGUGCCACUGGGCUUGGGAAGUGUCCCCUGAGCUGUCACUGGGCUGGGGAUGUCCCCAUAGAUGUCACCAGCCUGGAGAGUGUCCCCUGAGCUGUCACUGGGCUUGGGAAGUGUCCCCUGAGCUGCCACCAAGCUCCCGGUGAUGUCCCCAAUGCUUUGCCCAAGUGGAUGAGGCACCUCCAGGUGCGCCGGGCACGCCCUGGGCCAGGUGUGGCACAGCCCCAGGUGUGGCACAGCCCAGGUGUGGCACAACCCCAGGUGUGCCAGGCACAGCCCCAGGUGUGCCAGGCACAGCCCAGGUGUGCCAGGCACAGCCCAGGUGUGGCACAGCCUAGGUGUGGCACAGCCCAGGUGUGGCACAGCCCCAGGUGUGGCACAGCCCAGAUGUGCCAGGCACAGCCCCAGCCAGCUGUGGCCUCUCCACCCCUCUGGAUUCACCCCAAAUCCCCCCGAAGGCAGAGCGGGGUUUCCCCCUCCCGGAUCUGUAAAUAGGAAUUGUGCUGUGUGACCCCGGGGACAGCCCUGUCCCCUCUCCCCUUCCCGGUGGGAAUUCCCAUCCCAACCCCGUGGUCCCCCCUCGUUCCUGGCCCUAAAGACCCCGGGGGGGCAGAGGAACGAUCACCCCAAAUCCCGCAGCAGGAUUGGGGUGUCCCGGGGGCUGGAGCUGCUCCCGUGGGAUUCCAGCCCCAGAUCCCCCAAAACCUUCCCGGGAUUUCCCUCCCUGCUCGGGGUGAUGAAGCUGGGCUGGGAUCUGGGGGAUUCCCACCAGGAUCCCUUGGGAAGAGCCAGGCCUGGCUGGAAUUGCUGAAAAUCCCAAAUCCCAGCCCCAAACUCCUCCCACCGCCCAAAUCCAGGGAAAUUUGCCCCAAAUUUCCGACCCCACUCGCAGUGGGCGUCUGGGAUGGAAACCCCAGGUCCUGCCAGACCCAGCCACACCGGGGGGGAUUUGGGGUGAGUUCGGGGUGGAUUUGGGGUGGAUUUGGAAUAGAUUUGGGGGAUGGAUUUGGGAUUAAUUUAGGAUGGAUUUGGCAUGAAUUUGGAGUGAAUUUCAGAUGAAUUUGGAAUGGAUUUGGGGGAUGAAUUUGGGAUGGAUUUGGGAUGGAUUUCAGAUGAACUUGGAAUAGUUUUGGGGCAUGGAUUUAGGAUUAAUUUAAGAUGGAUUUGGCAUGAAUUCGGAAUGGAUUUCAGAUUAAUUUGGAAUGGAUUUGGGAUUAAUUUAGGAUGGAUUUGGCAUGAAUUUGGAAUGGAUUUCAGAUGAAUUUUGGAUGAAUUUGGAAUGGAUUUGGGGUGGGUUUGGGAUGAAUAAUGGGAUGGAUUUGGCAUGAAUUUGGAUUUAAUUUGGGAUGUAUUUGGGAUGAAUUUUGGAUUACUUUGGGAUGAAUUUGGGGUGGAUUUGGGAUGGAUUCCUUCACUGGCCGCCUUCAGGUAGCUCCCAUUGUUCUGGGUUUUUUGGAAAAGCGACUCCAGGACGAGCUGGGGGUGCCUGGGAUGAGGUGCCUGGAUCCAAACGGAAUUUCUGUUCCUCAGGACAACCCUGCCUCGCCCGCAGGUUUUCAUUGCCAUGGGAAGGGAUCUCAGCACCCCCAAUCCCCAAAAAUUGAAUUUUCAGGGCCGAGGGAACGGGGACAAACUCAGCAUCCAAAGAGGAGCCGGGGCUGCCACAACCCCCCCUGGCUGCGGGACAGAAAUGGAAAUAAAAUCCCAAAAAAAGCCAAAAAAACCCCAAAGCCAGGGGGGAAAGCCAAGCCAAAGUCAGAGCUCGUUUCGUGUCGUACCAAGCGCGUGUGUCCCUCCACUCCCCGCUGUAAUUCCAGGGCCGAUUUUGUAGGAUAGAAGGAUUUGGGGGGGU